GCAAAUACUUAUUUUCAGAAAAGGCAUUUGAGCCUGUCCUGUUGCGGGUCCUUGGGUGAAGUACGGAUCAAGGGUGCAAAAGGGGCGUGAUCAACCUACGCACUCUCGGAAUUGGGACACCCUACGGACUCGCACCUCUGGACGGGAUUGCGCAAUUGAAGGGUGCAAGUGUACGAUUGCAAGUAUUGGGAUUAGGCCAUGGAAAGGCAGUGACAGGAAUAUUUAAUUGCUCAGGGAAAUUUACUGCAGUUACUUAACUUGACCAUGGUAUGUAAUUCUUACACAUUGCACCUUUAACUCAAACCAGCAUCUAUUGGGCACUUUAUGUCUAAUUUCCUUUCCAUGUUUAAAGUGUUUAUAGAGGCAGUAUAGACCCAUGGUAGCCCAAAAGGUGAGCAUUGUGCAAUAUGUCCCCUUUAACUGUCCAAUGCACUGUGUUUCAAUGCAAGAAGCCAAUAGUACAGACAGAAUAGUUUGUACUUUCCACAAGUAUUGUACUUUCUCUUUAUAAAAACAUUAUCAAUUUCUGUGCAAUAUCUGAUGUAAAUGAUAAUGUCUUAGCCAUAACCAUAAGCCUCUACUCAAAUGUUCAGAAAUGUUUGAGCCAUGACUUGUGAUUCAGGAGUGACUUUGCUGCAAUAAUGGAUAAUGUAUGGUCUAUAAUUAAAACCCACUCCAUCAAAGUGAAAAUUUCUUCUUGUCUUGUUUUAGCCAUGGACAUUGGUGGUUUGGAAACCGUUGUGGCAAACUCUGCCUACGUAUCGGCCCGUGGCAGCAUGGAUGGAAACGCAGCGGCUGCCAUGCGAGACAAGAAGAUGCGUGCCAGGCUCAAACUUCCAAACAUCAGAGACUGUCAACACAUGAAGGCGACUGUAGAUUCAACAUUUCAGAGCAUGUGUAUCAAACAGCCGAUCGGCAAACGUCUGUUCCAGCAGUUCCUGGACAGUAAUGCGGCUCACAAAAGUGCAGCAGAGCUGUGGAAAGACAUCGAAGACUACAACACAUGCCUGGAGCAGGACAGGUUGCAGAAGGCUCGGAAAAUGGUCAACACUUACUAUGAGUCAAGUUCAAAGACUUUUUGCAGUUUCCUUGAGGAGAAAGCUGUCAUUCGAGUUAAAGAAGACCUAAAGAAUGUACGUGAGGACCUGUUUAAAGAGAGCGAGAAACAGCUGAUCAAACACCUGGAGAAGGAGGCCUUGGGGGGCUUCAAGAACAGCAUGUACUUCCUGCGUUUUAUUCAAUUUAAAUGGCUGGAGAGCCAGCCCGUAGAUGAAGACUGGUUCAUGGACUUCAGGGUCCUAGGGAAAGGAGGUUUUGGGGAAGUCUUUGCCUGUCAGGCAAAAGCAACUGGCAAGAUGUACGCCAAUAAGAAACUGGAGAAGAAGAGGCUGAAGAAACGCAAAGGAUACCAGGGAGCGAUCGUGGAGAAACGAAUUCUGGCAAAAGUUCACAGUCGCUUCAUUGUGACGUUGGCUUACGCCUUCCAGACCAAAACUGACCUGUGCCUGGUCAUGACCAUCAUGAAUGGAGGAGAUCUCAGGUUUCAUAUGUAUGACGUGGAUGAAAAAAAUCCUGGUUUUGAUGAGAAGAGAGCUCGAUUCUACACAGCCCAGAUCAUCUGUGGGCUGGAGCACCUCCAUCAGCACAGAAUCAUCUACAGAGAUCUGAAGCCAGAGAACGUGCUGCUGGAUGACGCAGGGCAUGUGCGACUGUCAGACUUGGGUCUGGCUGUUGAACUUCCACCAGGACAAGAGAAAACUACUGGAUAUGCUGGAACCCCAGGUUUCAUGGCUCCGGAGCUGAUCCAGAAGAAGGACUAUGACUACACCGUGGACUACUUUACUCUGGGUGUCACACUGUACGAGAUGAUCGCUGCCAAAGGACCUUUCCGGGUGCGAGGAGAAAAGGUUGAGAAUGAAGAAGUGAACCGAAGAAUCAUAAAUGAUCCAGUUUCAUACACACCAAGCUUCAGCAAGGAAUGUAAGGACCUCUGUGAAGGCCUGAUGGAGAAGGACCCUGCGAAACGACUGGGGAUUAAAGAUAAUGAAUGUAAAGAGCUCAAAAAUCAGCCCUUUUUUAAAGACAUUACUUGGGGCCGUCUGGAAGCAGGUAUGCUACCUCCCCCAUUUGUCCCUGAUCCAAAGAUGGUGUAUGCUAAAGAUAUAGGCGACGUGGGCGCCUUUAGCACCAUCAAAGGUGUGGUCCUGGAUGACAAGGACACAGACUUCUACAAGGAUUUUGCCUCUGGUAACAUCCCAAUCCCCUGGCAGGAGGAGAUGGUCGAGACAGGUGUUUUUGGAGAACUGAACAUCUGGGGAGAAAACGGCAAGCUGCCCAGCGAUCUCGACCCAAACUACGUGGAGGCCAAAAGUGGAGCAUGUGUGCUGCUGUGAUGGAAAACAGCACCACAUGUACAUGUAGAUUUGGCAAAAAAUGCAAUACAUAUCAAAACAAGAUCAUACUAUUUACCAAAAAUUAAAUCUAUAAUAAACACGACACUGAAGAGGUUAAGUAACGAAUGAGUUUGCAGCAAAAACUGUACACCUAUCUAUUAGUAAAAGUUAUUGUAUUAUAUGUUUAAUUCUUCAUUUAUUUAUCAAUAUUACAUCGUAUUUAAGCUGUAAUUAUUAGCUGGUUUGAAGAUAAAAUUUGAAAGUAUUCAAUAAAAUCUUGCAAAGA